AUGUCAAUGCAACAGGAGGCUGAAACUCACACUUUCUCUCAUCUUGUGGAGUUUGCUGACAAAAAGGAAGGUUAUAUUUUCUCACCGUUCAGUAGGAUGAAUGAAGACAGCUGGAUUGUUGAUACUGGUGCAAGUAAGCAUAUCUGCUCAAAUCCCAAUUUGAUUUCUCAUUGUGUGGAUAUCUCUAUGCCAGUGGUUGUUAAUUUGCCUGAUGGUUCAAAGUUUGAGGUUAAUAAGAUUGGAGAGGUCAAGUUGAAUGAAAACCUUCUGCUCAAGGAUGUCCUUUUUGUUCCUGAGUUCAAAUAUAAUCUCCUAUCUGUGGGGCAGCUGAUUGAGUAUAACAACUUGUGUUUUAACUUCACAAAUAAGAACUGCAAGCUAUUAGACAAUGCAAAUAACCAAACAAUUGCUGAAGGGAAAAUUCUAGCUGGCUUCUCAGUCAGCCCCUUUGCGCCCUUUUUCGCUUUUCGUAUUGCUCUUUCCUAUAUAGGAGUAAUAAAUCGGGUUGUGAGAAUGGAACGCGUGGGGUUUGGCCCUGCGGCGAGGGGCGGCGGGGCGGUGGCCUGCGAGAUGGAGGCAGCGGAGGCGCUGGCGGGGUUGUCCUGGUGCUCCGCCUCCCGCGGCGGCGCUGCGGCCGAGGUGAAGGGCCGGCGCGAGAUGGGCUCUCAGAAGGGGGAAUAG